AUGGCUUGCCAGGAAGGCGAUAUGAAGUUAAUCAACCUCCUCAUUGAUGUUGGAGCAGAAAUUCAGGUCGAGCAAGGCGUUCCGGGGCUCGCUCUGCAGAAGGCAGCAAUAUGGGGGCAUUUAGAAGUUUGUAAACUGCUCGUCUCUCGUGGAGUUGACGUCAAUGCACAAGGAGAUAAACACGGCGCCGAUGUAAACGCAGCCUCCUGUGAAGUUUAUGUCACGACCUUACAAGCAGCCGCCUUCAACGGCCCUGUCAGACCCAUUGAUACUCUGGUUGAAGCCGGAGCAGACGUCAACACUCAUGACCCAAAGCUCAGGACUGCACUAAUAUCAACAGCACGGGCUGCCAACAAGAAAUGGACUUACAAACUGCUCGAUUUUGGAGCGAAUCCAAAUCUCAUCGGCCCGUACGGCAGUGCAGCACAUGCUGCUUGUCGAGGCUGGGAGCUGGAACUUAUCAAGCUCUUUCUGGAUGAAUGUUUCCAUGUCAAUCUUAAGGGAAAACAUGGGCAUGUACUCCAGGCUGCUUGCAACCCACGGGGAGAUGUCCAUCGUCUGCCCUGCGUCCGAUUACUAAUUGAACGAGGCUCAGACGUAUAUGCGAGGGAGGCAAGUAUGAAACAGCACUCCAAAGUGCAGCAAACCAUGGUGAGCUCGAAGCUGUGA